GCAGUUAAAUAUCGGUCAUCAGGCUGUCGGGCGAGGAAGUGAGAGGAUGGAGGCCUCGCAGAGACAUCGCGCCCUGUACAAGGGGACGACCCCUCCGUGGAAGGAGACCUAUCGGAAGAGAUGUGUGGAGAGGCUGAAGAGUAACCGCUCCAGGCUGCUGGACAAGUUCCGCCAGGUCGGGGAGUGCGGCAGUGCGGGCGUCGGAGGCUCCUUCCUGGUGCAGGAGGUGAUGGAGGAGGAGUGGAGGGCCAUGCAGAUGCACAGCGGCAGUCUCCCACCGCUAUGGCAGAGGGCUUCCUUCUCACAGCCUUUUGGCGUAUUACAGGACCCUGAAGAGCUGGUUAUUCUGGAAGAAAUCAAGCAAGAGCUUUUACUAGAAGAACAAGCAAUGGUUUUAGAAAUUGAAAGGAUUGUUCAGUUUGAAGCGGAGUGUCUGGACUCAGUAGUUGGACUGAAUAAUGGAAAUGAAGUGGUGUGCCCUGUCUGUAAUAGGAAUAAUCUAACGGUAACCAGCUGCUUUAUCGUGUGUCAGUGUGGAGUGUACAUCAAUUGUAAAUCUCAAGGCAUGGACACCGAGAAGCUACAAGCGUUGCUGGAAGCAAACUUAUCGGCGCACGCCAGCUACUGCAGUGAGCAACCGGUGUUUUCAGUCGGCUUGGGAGCAGAAGGGAUGUCCAGUAUGUUCAUGAGUUGUUCGGUGUGUGACGCAGUGGUGAUAGUACUCUGAAAGGAUUUUCUUCAGGGCUGUGCUUGUAAAGUCUUACAUUUUGUAUCUGUUUUGUAUACAUUGUAUAUUUUUUAUAUUUAUAAAUAAAGUAAAACUUUUGGUGGCUUUGUAA